AUGAAGGCCUUCACCCUUCUCGCCCUCGCGGGGUCAGCUCUCGCCCUCCCAGCCAGCACCGGCGUCCUCGAGCAGAGACAGUCCGCGGUCCAAGUCACGGACGAGCUCAUGUACGGCAUCAGCCUCCCCGCAUUCACCGCUCGCCGCAACGCCCGCAACCCCCCUACCCUGGACUGGACCUCUGACGGCUGCACUUCCUCCCCUGACAACCCGCUCAACUUCCCCUUCGUCCCCGCCUGCCACAGACACGACUUUGGCUACCACAACUACCGCGCUCAGAACCGCUUCACGGAGAGCGGCAAGCUCAGGAUUGACAAUAACUUCAAGACUGACUUGUACUACCAGUGCAGCACUGUGUCUCUCUCUGGCGUUUGCAGGGGUCUUGCGGAUGUGUAUUAUGCUGCUGUGAGGGCUUUUGGUGGCGGUGAUGCCACGCCGGGCAAGCGGGAGACUCAUGAUGAGCUGGUGAAGGAGUAUGAGGAGAAGUUGGCGAUUUACAACGCGCUGGUUGCCCAGGCGGAGGCGGAUGGGUUGAUUCCUGCUCAGGCUUAAGCUGGAUGAGGGUGGUGGGUUAUGUGCCUGGGGAGGAAAUGUAGUUCAAUGUGUAUGAUUUAUGAUUUUGGAUGAAUGAAAAGGCCUGUCAGCAUCAUUUUAUGAAUAUCUGUUGUCCGUAUAUUUCAAAACCUUAUAGCGACCUUACAGGUAUGGUUUGUAUUCUAGAAAGCCCAAUUCAGGGAGUAUGCAAUAACCCAGUUUUAGCACAACAGAUCUGCGGGAAACAUCCCCUUUCAAGGCAAAAAAAAAAAAAAA